AACCGCUUUGACCAGCAGGCAAUUGGUUUUGCCCCACUAGCUCUUACCGCUCCCUCGAUUUCCUCCCCGUAAUCCUUUCUUCCCCUCCGGCCCGAGCUCCCCCCCAUGGCUGCCAGCAGAUCUUUGCCCCAGGGCCGCCGCCCUCUUCCCUCCCCCUGGCCACGUCCAGUGCCGUCACCUCCUCCUCUCCCGUUUCCGCACCACCGUGGAGCUCGGCCACGCCCCUACGCGCACACCCACGAAGACCUAGCCACGCCCUGGGCGGCGCAUGAGGAGGACACGCCUCCUAGCGCGACGAGGCCCGUCGAGGGAGGCUCCGCCAGGACAUCUUCGUCGAGCUCGAGGAGGUGGGUCAUGGGGAGGGCUCCGCCAGGAUGCCGUACAUUCCGCCACUCCACCACGAGCUCUUGGAGCCGCUGCCGAGAGAAGAAACAUCGGUGGCCGCGCAGCAGGUGUCGAGAGCAUCGCCUAGCGGUGGAAAGAUCAGGUAGAGGGCUGCCGUCAGUCCGUGCUGUUGCGCCAUGGAGCAAGUUGCUGGCCGCUCAUUGCUCUGUGUGCUCACUGUGCCCUAAUUAGCCGGUAUCCAUGAAAGAGAGAUGCAAUCCUUGUUCUUCCCAAUCACCACUUAAAAGCUUUGCUGUGGACAGUACGCCCUCCAUAACAAUCCAAUUUUGUUUACUUCAGUCGCUUUUGGUUUUCACUCCAUUCAAUAUAAAGGUACACAUCCGCCAGGAAAUUAAAUAUUGAGGAAGAUGUUUAGGAUACAGAAAAUAGCAUGGAUUUUCAAGGUAAAACACAUCUCAAGCUGAUGUUUUAUUUGUCCUUGCACUAAUUUAACAACGAUUAGUCAUUGCCGCUGUUGAAUUAGAGCAGCUCCAGAGUUGAGGCUGCGCGGGCUUGUGGCGACUCGAUCUGCGUCGACCGCCUAUUUCUGUUUUGGAAUAGUAAAGCGGAGAUGAUGCUAGUGGAGAUGGUUCCUGGAAGAGAUCGAAGCAAUUGGAUGUGGUAUUGGAGAGACCAGACCUCUGGGAGGAUUCAGUUUUGGCCAGGAAGGUUAGUCGUGAGUAAGGUGAGAUCAUGGCCAAGAUUAAGUCAGUGAACCAAUUCGAGCAGGAAUUUAUGGAGCACAUUGACGUGUUGAGGCAUGCACAUGGAGAGGGUGAUAAUGAACUCGAGACGCAAAUUAGCUCCUUGUUUUAUCCGCUGGUUAACUGCCUUGUGCAGGUAUACAUGAAAGCAUUAGCCGAUAUGAGAAGAGAUAUAAAGGAGAAGGAACUGAAUGCAUUGCUUUCAGGAGAUCGUGACCCUUACCCUUGCUUCAUUGAGCGCAGCGAAGCACAUCAACCCGGAUUACGCCUACAAAGGUCUUGCGAGGAUUGGAGAAGCAACUUGCCCUGUAUUUACCAGACUGAAUCAGGAAUAUGGGGAUUACACUUCAACCAGAAGCAUGCGAGCUAUGUCACGUCAUCGCAAUGUUCACCGGAGCUGUUUCACACAAACUGCUUAGAAGGUUCUCAGGGCGAGCUAUGUCACGUCAUCGCAAUGUUCACCGGAGCUGUUUCACACAAACUGCUUAGAAGGUUCUCAGGUACCAUCAGGAUAUGGAUCUCGGGUACCAUCAGGAUAUGCAUUUUCCUGCGCAGAUGCCAUUCACUUCAGGGUGCAGCCCAGCCACCCCAACACGUGGGAAGAGAAACGGUUGAGAGGACAAAUUGGAUACAGGCGACCAAUGCGCUUCAGGGUCGUAGCAUCUACUCCGGCACGAGGUCACGCGGGUGCGGUGUUGGCUGGUGGUGGACAAAGAACUCGGGAGGAGGGGUGCUGGCCUGAGGAACGACAGGACCCGCUGGGGCGCCGCGAUAUAUAUAUGUUUGCAAUCAGUUGGCCGAAUAGCCGAAUGCCAGAAAGCAGAGGAACAACGGCAUGGACAAGAGAGGGGAUUAUGAGCUAUCAACUGUUUUCGAUAGAGUGUGACUAUUCUACUCAGUAAAAAGAAAUGUACAUAAUAUAAAUAUCUUUAAUUCAUUUCUUCAUUGCUCA